CAGUAAUCACAGUAAUAACAUCAUCAUCAGUAAUAAUAGUGGUCAUGCUAAUGCCGAUCACAUUGCCGGCUUAGUAGGUGGCGGUACUUCGGCUGCAGCAGCAAAAAAUCAAUUAGAGCAAUUACACACAAUGCGUGAGGCUCUAUUUUCUCAGGAUGGAUGGGGUUGCCAGCAUGUCAAUCAGGAUACGAACUGGGAAGUGCCAAGCUCGCCGGAGCCCACAAAUAAAGAUCCCUCGGGAUCGCCGAUGUGGAAGCCGACCGUAAACAAUGGCACCGAUUUGUGGGAAUCCAAUUUGCGCAAUGGCGGUCAGCCGUCGCAACAGCCUGUACAGAAAACGCCCUGGGGUCAUACGCCAUCGACAAAUUUGGGUGGCACCUGGGGUGAGGAUGAUGAUUGCAACGAUACCAGUAAUGUAUGGACGGGUGGACCGGCCGGAUCAACUGGAGCUGUGGUUGGAGUGGCCGGUGUAGCAGCCGGUACCGGUGGCGCCGGUCCGUCCAAUGGCCCGCAAUGGGGUCAAGGUGGUGUGGGUGUCGGUGUAUCCGGGGCUGGUGUACAAUCGAAUGUGACAGCUCCUGGUGCUAUCACGGGUGUUACACCUGGAGGUGCUUCGAAUGCUGUUGGCGUCAAUGUGCCUGGUACACCUGGAGGUGCUGGCGGAGCUGGCAACGGUUGGGGUGAUCCUCGUGGUGGACCCAUGGGAGCUGGAGGGCCAUUAGAUAUUCGUUCGGUUGAUCCGCGUGAUCCAAUGCGCGCCGGAUCGGCUGGUGAUCCACGUGAUAUGCGCAUGCUCGAUCCCCGCGAUCCCAUACGCGGUGAUCCGCGCGGCAUUUCGGGUCGCCUCAAUGGCACCUCGGAAAUGUGGGGUCAACAUCAUCCCAUCGCUCAACACCAAAUGCCUGGACUCAAUAAAAUGGGUGUGGGUGGGCCAAAUGUUGGUGGCGCUGGAACCGUCGGUGGCGUGCCCAAUGCCAAUAGUCUGGCAGGACCUAGCACUGUUGGCGGUUUGAAUGCGGCUGGUAAUGUGGUUGGCUCUCAAUGGGGUGGUCCGCCCCAGUCGGUGGUCGGCGGAGCUAAGGAUAUGGUUGGUUCAAUGGCCCCUAAGCCACCGGGUGGUGGUUCCGGUUGGGAAGAACCCUCACCGCCGCCACAACGUCGCAAUAUACCUAACUAUGAUGACGGCACCUCUUUGUGGGGUACACAGUCGCGUGUACCCGGCGGUGUGGGUAUCGGUGGCGGUGGUUCACACUGGAAGGAUGUCUCCGAUCCUCUCAAUCCCCGCAACCAUUUGAUGCGCAACGCUCUUGGUGUACAAAAUGCUCCCAAUGCUAGCAUAGUGUCCGGUUUAGGUGGAGCUGGUGGAACUGGUACCGGGGCCGGUGGUCUUGGUGCUCCCGGAAAUCCUAACAACACAAUGGGCGUUGGUGCCGUUGGCCCGCCUGGCGCUCGCCUCGUGUCGGCCAUAGGCGGUCCGGGCGGCGUGGGUGGUCCCCACAAACCUGACAAUGGCAUGUGGUCUCAUCCCACUGGCCCUCCAAAUGUCUCCUCGGCCGGUGUGGGUGGCAACCGCAACACUGGCGGUUGGGGAGAUGUUGAAAAUCACAAUGUAGUCGGCGGCUCCGGUUCGGGUGUUAGCGGGACGGGCGCCGGUAACUGGGGUGAUGACAAGUCCAAUCAAAUUGGCGGCAUGGGACAAACAGGGAACUCUUGGAACGAACCACCAAAUACAUCUGCUUGGAACAAACCAAAUCAGGCCAAAUUACCUAAUGCCAAUACAGCCGGAGGCUGGGGCAGUGUUGGUGGCACUGGCACUGGUGGUGCAGGCGAUGGCAACGAUUUGAAUCCAAACGAUUGGUCAGCAGCAGCUGCUGCCCACAACUCAAUUAUGAGUAAAGCUCAACAACAACAAAAACUUGGCACAGCCGGUGUCAAUCUGGGGGGUAUUAAUACGGAGCUGAUCAAGCAAAGUAAACAAUACCGAAUGCUUGUGGAAGCGGGUUUCAAGAAGGAAGACGUGGAACGAGCUCUUAUCUCUGCCAAUAUGAAUUUAGACGAAGCAAACGAAAUGUUAAGAUCAAAUCUAUCGAUGGUUAGUGGUAUGACUGGUGGCAUGGAUAAUUGGAGACGUCACGAUGAUACUCUUGGUUCCUAUGCGGAUCAUAACUCAGCUGCUAGUGCUGGUGGUGGCGCAUUUCCUGGUCGUUAUGCAUCAGCUGCUACACAACCUGCGAUGUCAUUCCCUCCGAACAAUCUCUUAAACUCAAUGGGUGGAGGUGCCGUCGGUGCUGGCGGCAAUAAUCCCCAACUGAAUGCCCUCAAUGCAAUGCAACAACCCUUACAAGUGCAAAAGUACCUUAAUCAAGGUCCACACAAUGUCGGUGCCGCUGGGCCACCAACUGUCAAUCCUGCUGUAGCUUUUGGCCAGGGCUCGAAUGUGGCCGCUGUUAAUGCUGCCGCUGCCGCUGUAUCGAGCAGCACGAAUCAACCGUCAACACAGCAGCUACGCAUGUUGGUACAACAAAUCCAACUGGCCGUGCAUAGUGGCUACUUGUCCAGCCAAAUAUUGAAUCAGCCAUUGGCUCCCACCACACUUUUACUCCUUAAUCAAUUACUUAGCAAUAUUAAGCAUCUUCAAGGGGCCCAGCAAUCGUUAGCACGUAGUGGAAAUAAUGGUAAUACUCUGCUUGCCAUUGCCAAAUAUAAGCAACAAAUACAAAAUCUACAAAACCAAAUAAAUGCACAACAAGCAAUAUACAUAAAACAACAGCAAGCUUUACAACCGAACCCACAUCCGGCUGCAGCGCAUAUCAAUAAUACAAAUAACGAAUAUUUAAGAAGCCAUGAUUCCAUGACAGCUUUACAGGGAAAUUUCUCAGAAAUGAACUUAAACAAGUCUGCUGGUUAUCAAGGCGCACCCAAUCAACAGUCUAGAUUGAACCAAUGGAAGCUUCCAGUAUCAGAUAAAGAUAUGACAACGGAUAGUACAGAUUUCUCUCGCGCACCUGGCGCUACCAAACAGGGUAGCGGCGGUUUAACGACAACUAAUGCAACUAAUAUGGGACCUUUGGGUCUGCAAAGUGAUGGGACAUGGUCAACUGGGCGCAAUAUUAACGAUGGCUGGCCAGACCACACAAAUGAUAGUGAGAAUAAAGACUGGUCAGUUGGACAUCCUUCAGCUGCAACUGCGUACACCGAUUUAGUACAGGAGUUUGAGCCUGGAAAGCCCUGGAAGGGUUCGCAGAUAAAAAGUAUUGAAGAUGACCCCAGUAUAACUCCCGGCAGUGUAGCUAGAUCUCCAUUGGCUAUAAAUGCAACGCCAAAAGAUGCUGAUAUUUUUGCCAAUGCAACGAGCAAAAAUUCACCGACUGAUUUACCAACGUUAGGUCUAACAACGUCAUCGACAUGGAGCUUUAAUCCCCCAAACAAUAAUCAAAAUUUCCAAAGUUGGUCUGACACGACCCAACAAGAAAUAUGGUCAUCAAUGAAUAAAACAUCACGCGGUCCACCGCCAGGAUUGGGCUCGAACAAAUCUGGUGUGGGCAUGCCAAAUGUGGGUAAUCCCAGUAAUGCCGGAGGCUGGCUAACGGGCGGUAAUAGCGUACGAACAACAGGUGGUUGGUCGGGAUCAAAUUCGAAUUGGAACUCAAAUUGGUUAUUACUUAAAAAUUUAACUGCGCAGAUUGAUAGCUCUACAUUACGUACUUUGUGCAUGCAGCACGGACCUUUACAAAAUUUCCAUCUGUAUUUAAAUCAAGGUAUUGCCUUGUGCAAAUAUGCCACACGCGAGGAAGCCAGUAAAGCACAAAUGACUUUGAACAACUGCUUUUUGGGCAAUACGACAAUUAUUGCCGAAUCGCCCAGCGAAAAUGAGGUCCACACGAUCUUGCACCAUUUGCCCCAGCAAAAUACCAAUGCUACUGCCACACAACAGCAUGCACAACAACAGGGCGGUGGUGGACCAAACUCAAGCCAUAACAAUGCCGGCGGCGGCGGCAUGAACAAUCCGGGUGGUGGCGGAGGCAGCUCAAAUACAAAUGCCAAUAAUGUCAAUAACGUUAACAAUGCCUCAGGUUCACAAAACCCCACAUCAGCGGGUGGUAAUAACGUUAAUCCUCAAUCAAAUACUUCGUCAAAUAAUUCCUCAAACGCCAAUGCGGUCAACAAUGGUAUUAAUAAUUCCGGGCAAAAUGGUAAUCAGCCAUCGAAUCACAAUUCUCAUCCGAAUGCAAAUACACAAAAUACCGCAAAUGUUGCCACAAACAAUACCAAUGUUGCCGCCAACAACUCGUCGAACGCCAAUGCCAAUCAGCAGCAGGCAUGGCGCUCCACUACAAAUCAACAACAGCAACAACAGCAGCAACAAAGCCUAAAUUCUCAAACACGUCCCUCUGGUGGCCGUGAUGAUUUUGAAUUAAUUUCCAAAUAUGUGUGUUCGAUUGUGGAUGACUAGAUAAGGCCUAAUAGUUUAAAGCAACAACAACCACCACCACCUCCCUCUUCUAAUCUUCCCACUCUUACCAUACUCCCGCGACCACCACCACCACCACUUUUACUUUCCAGCUUACAACAACAACAAAAACAACAAC